GGGAAAAGAGUUCAGAAAUUCUUUUGAUAAACUGGGCAAUUUGACCUGCCUUUUCCCUGAUGUGCCUCAUUUAGCCCUUACUGCCACAGCUACCAAAUCAGACAUUGCAAGGCUUUCUGAAGUAUUACAAUACCGAGACACACAGUUUGUUAUUGCAAAUCCAGACAGGCCAAACAUCUACCUCGAGAUCCGAAGCCGUCUGCCAAACAUUCGUAAAUUUGAAAAAUUUGACAACAUUCUGGCUGAGAUAGUAUCAGAACUCAGUGACAAGCUUGACAGAUAUCCUGUUACCAUUGCCUAUUGCAACAAUUUGGAGGCCAUAGGGUAUGCAUAUGUGUACACAGAACAGAAGCUUGGACCCAGGGCCUACAUACCACAGGAAGGAGUUCCAGAGAAUCGUAUUUUUGGGCAAUAUCAUAAAGACUACUCUGAGAAAAUGAAGUUGCAAAUUGUCUCCGAGCUUUCUAAACCACAGCCUAAACUACGACUAGUCUUCGCCAGUGUAGCCUUGGGAAUGGGAUUGAAUGCCCCUUCAAUCUCACAGAUCAUUCACUUCCGUCCCCCAACCACCUUAGAAAAGUACUUCCAAGAAGUAGGUCGAGCUGGACGAUCUGGACAGAGUGCCAAGGCAAUCAUGUUCUUUAACAAAAAUGAUGUGGCAAGCAAUCGUAAAGGUAUGGAUCCUAGCAUCAAAGAAUAUGUUAACACAGAGGGGUGUUUACGGAAGUAUCUCAUGAAAUACUUUGGAUUUGAAACUGUCCUGUACAGCGGAAUGCCUGAACUGUGCUGCUCAAAUUGUAGAAAAAUUCAGGGAUCAUAA